AUGCGACCAAGAUUUUUCGCCGCCACCCAGGGCCGGAUCGUGGUCUCCGGCAUGGGCAAGAGCGGCCACAUCGCCAACAAGAUUGCGUCGACCUUCGCCUCGACCGGGGCACCGGCGCUCUUCGUUCACCCGGCAGAGGCGAGCCACGGCGAUCUCGGCAUGAUCACCGAUGCAGACACGUUGCUCUUGCUGUCGAACUCGGGUGAGACGCCGGAGCUUGCCGAUCUCCUGAACUACGCCAAGCGCUUCCGCAUUCCGCUCGUCGCCAUCGUGGGGAAAGCGCCCAGCACACUCGCCGAUGCGGCCACCGUCGCGCUCGUUCUUCCGGACGAGCCGGAGGCAGGAACGCUCGGCCUGGCGCCGACGACGUCGACCAUCAUGAUGCUGGCGCUCGGCGAUGCGCUUGCGGUCGCCCUGCUGGAGCGCAAGGGGCUCACGGCGGAGGACUUCAAGCUCUAUCACCCCGGCGGCAAACUCGGCCGGCGGCUGGUCUGGGUCGCCGACAUCAUGCACGCGGGCGAUUCCCUGCCGCUCGUCCGCGCCGAUGCGGCGAUGGCGGAGGCCCUGAUCGUCAUGACCGCCAAGCGCCUCGGCUGCGUCGGUGCCAUCGACGGCGAAGGUGCGCUGGUCGGCAUCGUGACCGACGGCGACCUCAGGCGUCACAUGGAUGCGGGCCUGCUACAAGAACCAGUCUCCGAAAUCAUGUCCGUCGAUCCGGUGACCAUUCAUUCCGGCGCGCUCGGCGCAGAGGCCGUGCACCUCAUGAACCAGUGCCAGAUCACCAACAUCUUCGUGGUCGAAGGAAAGCGACCGGUCGGCGUCGUGCAUAUCCACGAUUGCCUGCGGGUAGGUCUCGCAUGA